AUGUCAAAGGUGGGAAGGAUUUUUGAGUGGUGGUCUCUAUGUGAAGCUCCUGGAGUCAUGACAGACUUUUGGUUGAUUUCUGUCCCACUGGACAAGACCAGUUUAACCAGUGUAGAGAAACUCAAGCGCACCGCUGCCAAAACCAACCUGGCCUCCUGCUGCAAGUUCUCCAUUCCAAAUCUCAAGGUGGGAAUACUGGACAGUCUGCUCAGCGUGUCAGAUGACCUCUCCAAGCUCGACACGCUGACGGAAAGUGUGAUCAAAAAAACAUGUCAGUGUAUGAGGGACGUGAUGGAGCAGUCAAAUGACAAAGUGUUGGAAAACUCCUUAGCCAAUGGAGUGGACCUGAUGAGCUAUGUAACCAAGUUUCAGUGGGACAAAGCCAAGUAUCCCACAGCUCUGCCUCUCUCCAGCCUGGCAGACAUCAUCAACAAGGAAGUUUCCCAGGUGGAGACAGAAUUAAAAUCCCGCGCUGCAGCGUACAACAGCGUGAAAGUGAGCCUGCAAAGCCUUGAGCACAAACUAGAAGGGAAUUUGCAAACUCGCAGUCUGAAUGGCAUUGUGAGGAAAGAGGACCUGGUGGUGUCAGAGUACCUCACCACUCUCCUGGUAGUGGUGACCAGAGGGAGUUACUUGCAGUGGGAGAGGACCUAUGAAUCCUUGUCAGAGUUUGUGGUUCCACGGUCGAGCAGGAAGCUGUUCGAGGACAGGGAGGGAGGAAUCUUCUCAGUGACACUGUUCAAAAGAGCCGUGUAUAAAUUCAAAGCCAAAGCACAGGAGAGCAAGUUCAUCGUGCGCGAGUACAUCUUCGAUCUGGAGGAGAAGAAGAAACAGGAGAUUAAGCAGCUUAGCGUUCACAAAAAGGAGCAGUAUGGAAUCUUUGUAAGCUGGCUGAAGGUGAAUUUCAGCGAGGUGUUUAUUGCCUGGGUUCACUUAAAAGCACUGAGGGUGUUUGUGGAAUCAGUCCUCAGGUAUGGGCUACCUGUGAACUAUCAGGCUCUUCUACUGCAGACUGACACGAAGCACUCAAAGAAGCUGAGAGAAGAACUUUCCUCGCUGUUCAAGCAUCUGGACCCCACUGCCAGUAUGACAGACGUGAGCUGUGACAUCCCAGGACUCUUUCAGCAGGAGUACUUCUCCUACAUCUGUUUCCAUAUCAGCACCAAUGUGUUGGAGACGAGCUAGCAGUCAGAGAUGUGACUGCCAAAUCAAAGAGGGCCCUGUCACACAUGCUGUGUCCCGUUCCAGUCAGUCAGAGUCGGAAACAGAGCUCCAUCGCUAAAAUAAAACACAGCUAGCAGAGACCAUAUCCUUGAAUAUCUUGGUUUUCAGCAUUUCUCUUGAGCCAGAAAAAAGUGACUUUUUGAGACGGUGGUGUAAAUAAACCUGUCAGUGGAUGGAUUCGGAUCUCCUUCAACACAAUGCCAGCUGCACAUGGACUACACUUUAUGAUGUGCUGCAUGUAGAAUUGUGGAAACAUUUAAAUGUGUUUAAAAUCUGAAGAAUGUUCUUCAGGGAUUUAUGUUAAAAGAACACAUACUAUAAAUAUUAAUGUCAGUGUACAGCUUCAAACAUUUUAAAUGAGCAUGUUAUUAUUUUAAAUCUUAAAGCCAUCACACUAAUAAAGAGGAUUUCUUCAUGCAUUGCUGCACAUUAUUCACAAAACCAUCCAUCCAUUAUCGAUACACCAGGGGACACCUUGGACAGGUCACCAGUCUAUCACAGGGCUACAUAGAGACAACCAGUCACACUCACAUUCACAAUUUAGAGUUACCAAUUAACCUCAGCAUGUUUCUGGACUAUGGAAGCCGGACUAGAGAAAACCCACACAUGCUCAGGGAGAACAUGCAAACUCCAUGCAGAAAGAUCCCAGGAAGGCCGUGAACUAGAGAUCCUUUCGCUGCAAGGCGAAAGUGCUAACCAGCAAGCCACUGUGCAGCCCAGAACCAACCAGUACACUUUUAAGAGUAUUAUGCUGAGAACAGAUGUCAUGACUGUUGAUUAUCAGCUCAUAUUUGAUC